AUGGUCCUCAUAGCCCAGAGGUUGCAGGAGUGCAGCUAUGCUAUGGGGACCCAGGUGCUUCAAGCAAGGGGUCAUCUGGUUGCCUCCAUGGAUGGGUUGCUGAUUGCCAUGGAGAGCAAAGUCCAGCACCCUCAAGUGAUUUACACUGCUCACAUGAACUUACGGCAAUCACAGGAAAAUGGAUACUUUUCACCACCAGUUUCAAUGUUUGCAUACUCAAUAGUGCUGGCACCACAAGAAAUAUGUGACAAUUUGCAUCUUCAAACCAUACCUGAAAAUGCAUUUCAAGGAAUGAACAAUGAAUCUCUAACACUGAAACUAUACAAAAAUGGAUUUGAAAAUGUGCAAAGCCAUGCAUUCAACGCAACAAAGCUGGAUAAACUGGAACUUAAUGAUAAUAAAAAUUUAAGGUCAAUACACAAUGAUGCUUUUAGAGGAGCUAUUGGACCAGGUGUAUUAGAUGUUUCCUCAACAGCACUUGAGCGCUUUCCAUCUUAUGGAUUGGAAUUUAUUCAUAAGCUUACUGCACGUUUCACAUACUCAUUGAAAAGGUUCCCAUCACUGGAAAAGUUUGCUAAUUUGAUGAAAGCAAAUUUGACAUAUCCCAGUCACUGCUGUGCAUUCAAAAAUUGGAAAAAAUCAAAUGGGAGUUUACAGAAUAUUUCUGCAGAAAUGAAGAAAUAUCCAUCCUCACAGAAUUAUUCACACUUUCCAGAAAAUAACCCUGAUGAUGAAUAUGAAGACUUAGAAGAAAUAUAUGAAAAUGCAGUAUCUUUUGACUAUGGCUUUUGCCAUGCAAAGGUAGACCUCACCUGUACUCCAGAACCAGAUGCCUUCAAUCCAUGUGAAGAUAUAAUGGGAUACAACAUUCUCAGAGUUCUUAUAUGGUUUAUUAACAUCCUUGCUAUUCUGGGUAACGUUAUUGUUUUUAUCGUUUUGGUGAUUAGUCAGAAUAAGCUUACAGUCCCACGUUUCCUCAUGUGCAAUCUUGCUUUUGCUGAUCUCUGUAUGGGUCUUUAUUUGCUACUUAUUGCAUCUGUUGAUUUGAGCACCAGAAGUCAAUAUUACAACUACGCUAUAGACUGGCAGACUGGAGCUGGGUGUGCCAGUGCCGGCUUCUUUACUGUUUUUGCAAGUGAGCUCUCUGUGUAUACACUGAUGGUAAUCACCUUCGAAAGAUGGCACACAAUUACACAUGCCAUGCAAAUGGACAGGAAGCUCCGUUUAAGGCACGCUGUUGUGAUUAUGUUCGGAGGCUGGUUAUUCUCUCUUAGUGUGGCGACACUACCACUUGUAGGAAUCAGCAAUUACAUGAAAGUUAGCAUCUGUUUGCCCAUGGAUAUAGAAACUCCUGCUUCCCAGGCUUAUGUUGUAUUCCUAUUGGUACUGAAUGUUAUUGCCUUUGUUAUAAUUUGCAUCUGCUAUAUCAAAAUAUAUUUAGCUGUGAAAAACCCUGACUUUGUUUCUAAAAAUAGUGAUACAAAGAUUGCUAAACGGAUGGCGAUACUAAUCUUUACAGACUUCAUGUGUAUGGCUCCAAUAUCAUUUUUUGCGAUUUCAGCAGCUUUUAAGUCACCCUUCAUUACAGUGACUAAUGCUAAAAUUUUGCUGGUAUUGUUUUAUCCACUCAACUCUUGUGCAAAUCCAUUUCUCUAUGCAAUCUUCACAAAAGCAUUCAGAAGGGAUUUCUUCAUCCUGUUGAGCAGGUUUGGUUACUGUGAAAUGCAGGCGCAAAUCUAUAAAACUGACCACUCAAGCUCCAAGAGCGCCACCAAGGAAAAUUCAGGUGCAGCUGUUAAGCUAACAACAUUCAGUACGCAUGAUUUACCAGUCAAUGAAAGUGCUGAAUUUUGUUGUAAUGAAUGCUGA